GGCGACUGUUCUUCAACUUCACACAAAUUACUUCUCCCAAAUUUUCAACAGAAAAAAGAUCCCAAAUUUUCAUUUCUUCUCCUCCGAUCUCUCAUUCUUGAAAUGGGUAUUUCAUGGAGUAACAGAAGAAGAAACAACUACCUUCAGAACCCACCUCCACCUCCUCCUCCGCCCUACCUUUCUUCUUCCUCGUUCUAUUACCCCCCUGAACCCCAAUCUCUUUCUCCUGCUCCACCUCCGCCGCCACCGCCGCCCCCGCUUCAGACUCAUCAGUUUACUAAUUCUCACCCUCCCCCCCCGCACAGCCACCCUUACGGUUCAACUUCUCAGCCACUACCUCUGCCACCGAUUCCUCAUCCUCCUCCCCCUGCCCCUGCCCCUGCUCCUCACUCUUAUUACUUCUCUGGUGGGUACAAUUCGUGUAAUUAUGGGAAUUCUUCGAUGGGGCGUUUCAAUUUUUACCCUUAUUAUGCUAAUCAGAGUAAUGGAUGGUCUCAAAUUCGGCCGCCCAUGGGUCCGCCGUUGCUUCCGCCACCACCUUUGCCGAUUGUGGAGCAUCGGCAAGCGAAGAAGGUUAGAAAUGAUGUGAAUGUACAUAAAGAUACUUUAAAGAUUGAGGUGGACGAGCAGAACCCUGAUCAUCAUUUGGUUUCUUUCGUUUUCGAUGCGUUGUAUGAUGGAAGCAUAACCAUUCUAUUUUUUGCCAAGGAAGAGCCCAAUUGUAGGUUUGUUCCAGUAUAUCCCGAUGCCUUCAAGCCAGUAAAAAUCCCAUUUCAGAAGGGUCCUGCUCAGAAAUUCUUUCAGCCCGUAGGAACUGGCUUUGACUUGGGAUUUUUUGACUUGGAUGACCUCUCAAAACCUUCACCUGCAGAAGACACGUUCCCUCUUGUUAUAUCAGCUGAGACUUGUUCACCAUCUCAAUCUGAUGAUGAACGAAUUGGUGAACCUCAACAAGAUAAUUCACACAUGCAAAUAACUCAAGCUGUUUUGGAGAAGAAAAAUGGUGGUCCUUUCCAGGUUAAAGUGAUUAGGCAACUACUGUGGAUUGAUGGAGUCAGAUAUGAGUUGCGUGAAAUAUUUGGAAUAGGGAGUUCAUCAGCAGAAGGUUUUGACGACAAUGACACCGGGAAGGAGUGUGUCAUUUGCAUGACUGAACCCAAGGAUACUGCCGUACUACCAUGCCGACAUUUGUGCAUGUGCAGUGAAUGUGCCAAGGAACUGAGACUUCAAUCCAAUAAAUGUCCUAUUUGCCGUCAACCAAUUGAAGAACUAAUAGAAAUCAGGAUAAACAAUAGCGACCAAUGAGAAUUUCCUCUUCAUCCUUUGUUGGAUCGCCUGGUAUGGCUAUUAAAUUCUUUGGUUUUUGAUGUGUCAUAAUCCCACAUACUGCAUUCUUUAGUAUCUUUACACACACACAUAUUUGUAUAUUUCUUUUUCUUCGUAUACAUAACACUAGUGUAGUAGUUACAACUUGAUAUUUCCAUCUCAUGUCUAACUGUCAAAUAAUGUCAUACCAAUCGUCUCAGAUCUGACUUUCUACUGUAAUGUAUGAUUUGAACACAUAACAUUCGUGGUUUUCGUAUGUGGUGCGUUAAUGUGCACAUAUGUAUUAAGUGUAUGAAGAUUGAAUAUACAAAAAUUGGGUUCAGGUUCUUACUUGACCUAUUUUAUAA